AUGUCUGCCCGCAUAAUUUUGCUAAUGCUCGAUCUGAGAACUGGCCAGGUUAUGUCUUUUACCCCGGCGUAUGGGGAAACUCACCUUGGAGAAGAUCGUACUAAUAAUAAUGCCAGUGGUUUGUCCGAGGAAGAUAUUGAUAGGUGUCUGAAGAAAAAGAUUUUAUGUCCGGAUAUUCUCGAUAAUAAAGGAGACGAGGAGGAAGAAACUGAAGUUUGCGCGAUUUGCUUGGAUGGUAUGUGUCACCAGAAAGACAAGACGGGUGUUGGAAUCCUCGGAUGCGGACACGAGUAUCAUGUAUGCUGUAUCAAACGAUGGUUGCGUGUGAAGAAUUUUUGCCCACUAUGUAAAGCUGUUGCGAUGCGCACGUCAGCCUGUAAUUGA